UCAGCAAUCCUUAGCAUAGGGGCACACUCAUGCAUUCCUGUCAAGUCAUCUUGUGAAAGGCUGCCUGCUUCCAGCUUGGCUUGGAUGUGCAACCUUAAUAAAACUCACUGAGGUCUGGGAGAAAAUAGCAGAUCUGCUGCAGAUAGGGUAGAGGAACGGGGCUAGAAUAUGUACUCGCAGCUGACUCAGGCAGCCUCCACGCUGAACAGUCACACAGAGAGGAAACAAUAAAUCUCAGCUACUAUGCAAUAAAUAUCUCAAGUUUUAACGUAGGAAACUAUCAUUACAGUAAACUUUUUUUUUUUAAAGUAACAUUUUAGAACAAAGCUAACAAAUGGCUAGUUUUCUGUGGAUCUCCUUUAAACGCUUUCUUUAAAGGGGAAAGAGUCAAACAAGCAGUUUUACCUGAAAUAAAGAACUAGUUUAAAGGUCAGAAGAGAAGAGCAAGCUUUGUAGGAGGCACGGAAGGCGAGUGCUGGCAGUACAAUGACAGUUUUCCUUUCCUUUGCAUUCUUCGCUGCCAUUGUGACUCACAUAGGGUGCAGCAACCAGCGCCGAAGUCCAGAAAACGGAGGCAGAAGAUAUAACCGGAUUCAACAUGGGCAAUGUGCCUACACUUUCAUUCUUCCAGAACACGACGGGAACUGCCGUGAGAGUGCGACGGAACAGUACAACACGAACGCUCUGCAGAGGGACGCUCCACACGUGGAGCCUGAUUUCUCUUCCCAGAAACUUCAGCAUCUGGAGCAUGUGAUGGAAAAUUAUACUCAGUGGCUGCAGAAACUUGAGAAUUACAUUGUGGAAAAUAUGAAGUCGGAGAUGGCCCAGAUACAACAGAAUGCAGUUCAAAACCACACGGCCACCAUGCUUGAGAUAGGAACCAGCCUCCUGUCUCAGACUGCUGAGCAGACACGAAAACUGACAGAUGUUGAGACCCAGGUACUAAAUCAAACAUCUCGACUUGAAAUACAACUACUGGAGAAUUCAUUAUCAACAUACAAGCUUGAGAAGCAACUUCUCCAACAAACAAAUGAAAUUCUGAAGAUUCAUGAAAAAAACAGUUUACUAGAACAUAAAAUUUUAGAAAUGGAGGGAAAACACAAAGAAGAGUUGGACACCUUGAAGGAAGAGAAAGAAAACCUUCAAGGUUUGGUUACACGUCAAACAUUCAUCAUCCAGGAAUUAGAGAAGCAACUGACCCGAGCCACCAACAACAACAGCGUCCUUCAGAAGCAACAACUGGAACUCAUGGACACAGUCCAUAACCUUGUCAGCCUUUGCACUAAGGAAGGUGUUUUGCUGAAGGGAGGAAAAAGGGAAGAAGAGAAACCAUUUCGUGACUGUGCAGAUGUAUAUCAAGCUGGUUUUAAUAAGAGUGGAAUCUACACUAUUUAUUUCAAUAAUAUGCCAGAACCCAAAAAGGUAUUUUGCAAUAUGGAUGUGAACGGGGGAGGAUGGACUGUAAUACAACACCGUGAAGAUGGAAGUCUGGAUUUCCAAAGGGGCUGGAAAGAAUAUAAAAUGGGUUUUGGGAAUCCCUCUGGUGAAUAUUGGCUGGGGAAUGAGUUUAUUUUUGCCAUCACCAGUCAGAGGCAGUACACGCUGAGGAUUGAACUGAUGGACUGGGAAGGGAACCGAGCCUACUCACAGUACGACAGAUUCCACAUAGGAAACGAGAAACAGAACUAUAGGUUAUAUUUAAAGGGUCACACGGGGACAGCAGGCAAACAGAGCAGCCUGAUUCUUCACGGUGCUGAUUUCAGCACGAAGGAUGCUGACAAUGACAACUGCAUGUGCAAAUGUGCCCUCAUGCUCACAGGAGGUUGGUGGUUUGAUGCCUGCGGCCCCUCCAAUCUAAAUGGAAUGUUCUACACUGCCGGACAAAAUCACGGGAAACUCAACGGGAUAAAGUGGCACUAUUUCAAAGGGCCCAGCUACUCCUUACGAUCAACAACCAUGAUGAUUCGGCCCUUGGACUUUUGAAAGUGCCAUGCCAGUAUGGGAAAUCUGCAAAGUCAUCUGGGCAAGCCCAGAUGAGAAGCUUCCUGGAAGCUUCAGAAACAAACAGCCUUGUCUCCCUGGCAGCAGCAGGUGGCUUUAUGAUGUCACCAAGGUUCUUGACUAUGGAUUUGGAGCCUUCUGAGUUCAGGAGAUUCACCACUUGGGCCACUGUUCUAAUGAAUUGUCUCCAGAGAAAGUCACUGCCAUGCUUUAAAAAGGGGAGGAAACCGCUCAGCUCGCCACACUUGAAGGAAGGUGCUAUUGGAUCAUAUUUUGAACCUGUAAGACCCUGAUGAUACAUGCAGCUUGUUUUCUGUAAAAUCCAAAUGAAGAAUAUACAGCAAAGAACAUACAUGAAAAAGAGAGAGAAUGGGAACAGCCAGAAUCUGUUGAAGACAGAUUGCAGCAAUGAAGAGGUAUCAUUCUAGGAAAUCCUGCUAACAUAUGUGGCUGAUGUUACUGCACAAAUGUGACCUAAAGAACAGCCUUAUCUUCUGAAUUGGCUAAAAGUUAGUUGAUUUCAGAAGCCCAUUUCAAGCAUCAUAUUUACUAGUUGGUUUUAGUUUUACCGUGUUCAAGUGUAGAUUCCGUCCUUGAAAGUCAUUAUAAGACAGAGUGCAUGUAGGGUAAGAGUGUGAGGUAGAAAGGGGUUCAAGGAGACUGGGUUUUGGGGGGAAAUACCGUUUUCAGAAGAGUUAAAAUCUAUUCAAGAAUGGAUAUGACAGGUAAAAAUUGGCCUCACACUACAAUAUUCAUCUACAUUGAAAACUGCUUUACUGAUACACAAAUAUGUCUAGAGCAUGAGUAUGUAUAAAAAGUGGAAACUUUACCAUCCAGUUCUUAAAGCAGUAUGCAUGCAGCUAAUGGUAAAGCAGUAUAUGGAGUACUUGAGUUGGAGUAGCCCAUUGUACAGAACUUACAACAAAUAUUUGCAUAUCUAUGGCUUUAUUUUUAAAAUGUUUGUAGGUCUUCAAUUCUUCAUCCAGAUAUUUUGUGCUAAUUUAAUUUUUUGUUAAUUAACUCCAGUUUACUCACAAAAGGCGUCCUGCUCCAGUUCUUUAUAAACAUUACACAUUGAAGUCUAAAAAGAAUGGGAGAUUUUAAAAUAUCAUUGUACAUAGCGUUUUAGGCCUACCUGUGUUAAACUCCAUGCCUGUUUAAUCUGAAAUGCACAAUGUGGUCCUCAACUGAUGAUUACAAAUAUGAGUGUUCAAAGGCAUUUACUAUUCUACUUGAUUAAAUGUACAAUUUUUCACAUUAUUUUUUUCUCCUUCAAGCUGUGUUUCUUUAAGAAAUUUCUAUCUUGUAAUAUAAUGUUAGUGAGGAAAAUUGGCAUAACUCCUUAUAUAUGAGAGCUAUUAAAAAAUCAGUCAUUAGACUAGGAAACUUCUGAUUGUUAGCUGCUAUAAGUGCCUUAGUUAAGAUGUCCCUAUGGCAUAAUCUAGUCUAGUUUUGGACACGUUUUUGUGACAACUUGAUGUUACUGCAGUAUUCUAUCAAGAAGUGCUCUUUUUCUAUAAAUGGCCAUGGUUACAUUAGAAAAGACUGUAAUCAAACACGAUUUGCUAUGAAAUGAGAAAACUAAAAUAUACAUCAGGUCUGCUUUUACAUAAAAGAAAAAGUUUUUGUGAGAUACAAAUUUUAGAAUAUCAGUCUUGAUCAUUGCACCCACAAUGCCUUACUGACUUUUCUCAAUCUGGGAGAAUAAAGCUUUUAAUGGUUUUAAGAAAAGGGUUUUUAAUGCUUACCAUCUACUCCUUCUUAUAUUUAUAUGUCUGUAUAAAAUACCGUUUUGCCUUACAAGUGGUAUGUUCAGGAACUACACAGUUUUUCUAACAUGAGUGACUCCCUCGGAGCUCUCCCUCUAAAACCCUUAUUUUCAUUUAGGUGAAGGAACAGGAAUAUUUUUGUGGUUGUGAUUGUUGUUCUUGUUGUGGUUUGUUCCCAUGGAUGUUUUAAAAACCUGUCUUGGAUUAGGUACACUGUUUCUCAAUUUGUAUUACAAAAAUAAAGUGAAAUAAUGAGAAAAGAAAGCAUGGCAUUUACUGUUUUCCUAUCUGGGUUUGAGAAAUGAGAUGUUUCCAAUUAUUUAUAAUAAAGCAGUGUAAAUGCUUAGUGA